AGACGGGGGCAGUGAAGCAUAGGAGGCCAUCGAAAGGCCUACCGCUCAGUGUUCACGUCACUUAACUGGUCCGGCGAAUAGUGUGUGAAGUCUCUCCUUGGAGACACCAUGACGGUCAUCGAGCCCGAUCCGGUUCUUGAGGAGAAUCCCAUAGCCAACAACGUGAAUGUGGAGGGCUCGGUGGAAGAAAAGGAACGCCUUCUUGAUGGAGGAUUUGUAGUCCUCGGCAGCAACGCCUGUGGUCAUUCCUUCAGAGAGCGAAAGAAGAGCAACAGUGGAAGAGUUCUACCGUGUCAAUCACAUCUACCAAACAUAUGCUAUAUGGAUUUGUCUUAUACAACUUUCUUUCUCACGUUAACUGCGGUUGAUGCCUGCGGCAACGCGAAGAAGAAGAAGAAGAAGAAGGAAGAGUAUGGAAAGCUGCAGAAGGCGGAGAUGAGCAGAUGGGACUGCAUCGAGCUUCUGAAUGAGAUAGUCGACGAGAGCGAUCCGGACCUCGAUGAGCCCCAAAUCGAACACCUUCUCCAAUCCGCCGAAGCCGUUCGCCGAGACUACCCGGAUCAAGAUUGGCUUCACCUCACUGCCCUCAUCCAUGAUCUUGGAACAGUACUGAUGAACCCCACGUUCGGUGGAGAGCCUCAGUGGUGUGUUGUUGGUGGUGAUGCGUUCCCACUGGGCUGUGCAUUGGACGAAUCCAUAGUUCACCACAACUAUUUUAAGGAGAACCCACUGUUACAAACGAGAUUGGGGGUGUACACCGAGAACUGUGGGCUCGACAAUGUCACCAUGUCUUGGGGUCACGACGAGUACAUCUACCUGGUGAUGAAGGGGAAUGAGACGAAGCUGCCUCCGGCUUCCUUCUUCAUCAUGCGGUUCCACUCCUUGUAUGCGUUGCACCGAUCCGGUGCCUACACGUAUCUCAUGAACCAGCACGACAAAGAGAUGCUCAAGUGGCUCGUCGUCUUCAAGUUAGUUCUUUCUACCUCGUUCAACUGCAAUGAGCUCGUCUUCUGUAUUUUGGUAGAGUAAAAGACUCGUAACAUCUGCAAUGUGCAGCAAGUCCGAUCUCUACAGCAAGAGCAA